ACUUGUAGAGAUGGGGUCUAACUAUGUGACCCAGGAUAGUCUCAAACUCUUGGCCUCAAGUGAUCCUCCCGCCUCAGCCUCCCAAAUGCUGGGAUUAUAGGCAUGACUACCACACUUGAUGGAUAUAAAUUUUCCAGGUGCUUGUAUAUUUGAAAAUGUCUCUUAUUUUCCCUUAUUCUUGCCUUUUAGUUUGGCUGGUGUAAGAUUUCAGAAUCAGCAUUGUUUCUUCUCCAUACUUUAUUUCUCUCGCACUUUCAGGAAGCAUUGUUCUUUCCUUUUAGUUGGUUAUCAGGUGUUCUCUUUUUACUUUAUUUUCAGACGUUUCAUUACCAUCUGCUUAAAUUUGGACCUCUUUUUUUUUUGGUUGACUUAUCUUGCAUCUCAAUUGGUAGGUUUUUAUCAUGUGAACUCCUGUAUUUGUCUUCACUCCGGGAGAAUUUUCAGGCUGUAUUUCUUCGAACGUUGCCCUAUUAUUUCUCUUAUUUAUAUAAACCUACAUUGGCAAUUUUUCUGUAAACUAGGAAAAUCAUUCCAGGCUUGCUUAUUUAUUUAUUUGAGACAGAGUCUCGCUCUGUCGCCCAGGCUGGAGUGCAGUGUCACAAUCUUGGUUCACUGUAACCUCUGCCUCCCUGGUUCAAGCAAGCGAUUCUCCUGCCUCAGCCUCCUGAGUAGCUAGGAUUGCAGGCGCCCACCACCACGGCUGGCUAAUUUUUGUAUUUGUAAUGGAGAUGGGGUUUCACCAUGUUGAUCAGGCUGGUCUUGAACUCCUGACCUUGUGAUCUGCUUCCCUCAGCCUCCCAAAGUGCUGGGCUUACAGGCAUGAGCCACUGUACCCGGCCUCUGGGUUUAUUUUGUAGUCUAGCUCUUACCUGUUCACCCAUUGUAGCCAUCGCUAUGGUUUGAGUGUAUCUUUCAAAUUUCAUAUGUUGGAAAUUUAAUUCCUAAAUUUAUUUGUUGAUGAUAUUUGGAGGUAGAAGGUAUUUAGGAUUUGAUAAGGUCAUCAGGGCAGGGCCCCUAUGAUGGGAUUAGUAGCUUUAUAAGGAUAGGAAGAGAGACCUGAGCUGGCAUGCUCCCUGUCUCUCAUCAUGUAAUGCCUUCUACCAAGUUACGACAUAGCAAGAAGGCCCUCACCAGAUGCCAGCACCAUGCUCGUGGACUUCCCGGCCUCCAGAACCUUGAGCUAAAUGAACAUUUUUCUUUAUAAAUCACCCAGUUUCUGGUAUGCUGUUAUAAAAAUAGAAAACAAAGACAGCAGUCUUUUCUGUGUCUGAAAUAUUUGCAGUUCCUUGAAUUGACCAGGCUCUACCGUGUGUUCUGUGUGAUGCUUGCUCCUGGUACAGGGACUGCAAAUUAUGUUCCAAUCUAUUUUUUUUUCUUUCUUUCAUAAUAGAUUUGCCAGUUUUUCAGUUGGGCAUAUACAGAAACAGACUCCAUUUCUGAAUUUCCCUGCUGUUCCCUCCCAGUCCCCACUCUUUGCUGUUGCUUAGAAUGCAGAUGUGAUGACUAGAGCCAUCUUAGACUGGGUUGCCCUGGAAGUGGAAGCCGUGUAAGGUGGAGCAGAGAUGGAAGCCCCAGACCAAUUGCCUUCAGACUCCUGGAUUAUUGUCGUUCAAGGAUAUAUCUAUGGAAUUCACCUGGGAUGAAUGGCAGCUGCUGGAUUCUACACAGAAGUACCUAUACAGAGAUGUGAUAUUGGAAAACUAUCAUAACCUGUUAUCAGUGGGGUAUCAUGGUACCAAGCCUGACUUAAUCUUCAAGUUGGAACAAGGAGAAGAUCCAUGGAUAAUAAAUGCCAAAAUUUCCAGGCAGAGCCGUCCAGAUGGGUGGGAAGAAUGGUACCAGAACAAUCAAGAUGAGCUUGAAAGUAUUGAAAGAAGCUAUACUUGUAGUGUGUUGAGAAGACUUAAUCUGAGCAAAACCCAUGAUUCUUCAAGACAGAGACUCUAUAACACACAUGGGAAAAGUUUGACACAAAACUCAGCUUCAAGCAGAAGUUAUUUGAGAAGGAAUUCUGAGAAGUUUCCUGGUUAUGAAGAACCAUAUUUUCUUAAGCAUCAAAGAGCUCAUAGCAUAGAAAAAAAUUGUGUGUGUAGUGAAUGUGGGAAAGCUUUUCGUUGUAAGUCACAGCUCAUUGUACAUCUCAGAAUUCAUACAGGAGAGCGGCCUUAUGAAUGCAGUAAAUGUGAAAGAGCCUUCAGUGCCAAGUCAAACCUUAAUGCUCAUCAGAGAGUUCAUACAGGAGAAAAACCCUACUCAUGUAGUGAGUGCGAGAAGGUCUUCUCUUUCAGGUCACAGCUCAUUGUCCAUCAGGAAAUUCACACAGGAGGGAAACCCUAUGGCUGCAGUGAAUGUGGGAAAGCCUACAGUUGGAAAUCACAGCUGCUUUUACACCAGAGAAGUCACACAGGAGUGAAACCCUAUGAAUGCAGUGAAUGUGGGAAAGCCUUUAGUUUGAAGUCUCCAUUCGUUGUACACCAGAGAACGCAUACAGGAGUGAAACCACAUAAAUGCAGUGAAUGUGGGAAAGCCUUUAGGAGUAAGUCCUAUCUCCUUGUUCACAUCCGAAUGCAUACGGGAGAAAAACCCUAUCAAUGCAGUGAUUGUGGGAAAGCCUUCAAUAUGAAGACACAACUCAUCGUACAUCAGGGAGUUCACACAGGAAAUAAUCCUUACCAAUGCGGUGAAUGUGGGAAAGCCUUUGGUAGGAAGGAACAGCUCACUGCACAUCUGAGAGCUCAUGCGGGAGAGAAGCCCUAUGGAUGCAGUGAAUGUGGGAAGGCUUUCAGUAGCAAGUCAUACCUUGUUAUCCACAGGAGAACACACACCGGAGAGAGACCCUAUGAAUGUAGUCUGUGUGAGAGAGCCUUUUGUGGAAAAUCACAGCUGAUUAUACAUCAGAGAACUCAUUCAACUGAGAAACCCUAUGAAUGCAAUGAAUGUGAAAAAGCCUACCCUAGGAAGGCAUCACUUCAGAUACACCAGAAAACUCAUUCGGGAGAGAAACCUUUUAAAUGCAGUGAGUGUGGAAAAGCCUUCACUCAGAAGUCAUCUCUCAGUGAACAUCAGAGAGUUCACACUGGAGAGAAACCGUGGAAGUGCUCUGAAUGUGGGAAAUCCUUCUGUUGGAAUUCAGGGCUUCGUAUACAUCGGAAGACUCAUAAAUGAGAAAUCGGAACGAUGCCAUGUGAGAAACUGAUGUUCAGGAGACUUCAGAUAAUAUAGACAGGAUUUACAAGCAGGAGGCCCUAAAACUACACUCAUGUCAAAAAUCAGAGAGGAGAGAGACCAACCAUAUUUGGGAUGAGUGUAAAAGCUUUCAGAAAUAAGUUGCAAAUCUUUGUAGAUGAAAAUAAUGGAAGGAAUGCGGAGCAAUAAAUGUAUCAGAUGUUGUAGUAUCAUCAUGAAGAUUCAGAGAAUUUACACUAGGAACACCUUAUAAGUUCAAUAAAUUAAAGAAGCAUUUUCCCAUUGAAAGUGUGUUCCAUGGAAAGUCACAUUCCAGAUUUGAAGCUGUGUUUUUGUAAAAUAAAAUCUCGUUAUGAACAGUUGACUUUUCAUGGUGGAGUAUAAAGUUGUUUUUUAAAAAAUAUGUAAAUAAAGUAAUGUUCAGGAAAAACACAGGGAACAGAUUCUUAAAGUUAAGGGAUAUUUCAUAUGAGUUCCCUGAGUUAACACCGAAAAGUAUUUCUAAAAUUUUUAGUAUUUUAUAUUUUAAUGUAACUUGUUCUGUCUAUCUAACUAUAUAUAUGUAUAUUUGAUAGUUUGUGGAAUAAUAUCCCCCAGUAUUUUCCAUAUUAAAUGCUAAUUGUCUUUUCUUUUCAUAAGCAGAUCUGGCAUUUAUUACAGGGCUGCCGCUUCAGAGAACUCAUUGUAAUGAACGUUUAUUGUAUUUUGCAGUUCCGUGCCUGUUGUCCAUUGAUUGACAUGAGCACCCUUGUUUUCUCUGGAGAAAUACCUCCCCUCUCUGGGUGCUUCCUGUGGUAGUGUCUUUCAGGUAUCCGUUCCACUAGCUACAGGUGAGCAUUUUACCCAUUGUUGGAUAAUGGUGAUCUCUUUUUCAGAAUUUUGAGUCUGUAAUUCAUUCGCACGUGAACCAGAAAAUGUGGGAACUCAUUCAUUCUUGUCCCAGAAUUCUGUUGAGAACAUCCAUUCAUUCUGGCUAAUUGAUUACAAGAAUAACUGUGGAUACUAUCCCUUUAGAACCUGCUUCUCUGAUCUUCUGUUGUUUCCUCACUUCUCAAUAAAAAUGUCUUUUACUUUUU